AUGUCUUCCAUGCCGUGGCAAGAAGUGGUCCGACAAAAGUGUGAAACGAGAAAAGAUCUGGUCGAGGCCCAUCUCAAGACCAUCAACGGCGAACACGAUAGUUCUGUUGGCAUCUGUGAUAUUGACAACAUCGAGACCUUGACUAGACUUCUGGCCAGUGGAGAGAUCACGGCCCGUGAUGUUGUGCAAGGUUAUGUCCGAAUGUGGGAGAAAAUCAGUCUCGCCAAGUUUUCUCUGCUGACAACAAACUGUCUGACUGAGGUGUUUUUCGACGAUGCUCUGGUCGAGGCUGAUCGAUUGGACGACUACUUUCGACAACACAAGAAGUUGAUUGGACCCCUACACGGCGUGCCGAUCACUCUCAAAGAUCAAUUUGACGUCCAAGGCGCCGACUCGACCAUCGGGUACGUGUCGAGGGCGUACAAGCCGGCGAAAAAGGAUGCCGUUGUCGUACAGGUUCUCAAACAAAUGGGUGCCGUCAUCCUGGCCAAGACCAAUCUUCCCCAGAGUAUAAUGUGGUGUGAAACGGAAAAUCCUCUUUGGGGAUUGACGACGAAUCCCAAAAAUCGCGACUUCACCCCCGGCGGUUCGACGGGUGGUGAAGGUGUGCUUCUCUCAACCAAGGCGUCCAUGGUCGGAUGGGGUACCGACAUCGGCGGGUCGAUACGCAUUCCCAGUCACAUCAACGGACUUUGGGGGUUGAAACCCACGAGUCCAAGGUUACCAUAUCGCCGAGUUGCGGUGUCGACAGAGGGUCAAGAACACGUUCCUUCUUCGGUCGGGCCGAUGACGAGGAGCUUGUCAUCGUUGUGCACGGUGAUGAAGUGUGUACUCGAAUCAAAACCGUGGACAUUGGACCCAAAGGUCGUCCCCAUUCCUUGGAGACAAGACGUUUGCGACGAGGUUCAAUCUCGACCGCUGACCAUAGGUGUCUUGGUCGACGAUGGAGUGGUUAAGGUGCACCCACCGAUAGAGAGACUACUAGGUGAACUUGUGGACAAGAUUCGAGGUGCAGGACAUGAAAUUGUCAAAUGGGAUCCAACUGGCCAUCGAGAAUGUAUUGAAAUUAUGGACCAAUUCUAUACGGCCGACGGUGGUGAAGAUGUGCGACGUGAGGUGGAAGCCGGAGGAGAGCCUUUCAUUCCACAUGUCCAAGCACUCGUCAAUCGCGGCAAAGCUAUUUCUGUGUACGCGUAUUGGCAACUGAACAAACAAAAACUGGCCGCCCAAAACGCAUACAACGACAAAUGGAGUUCCGUCAGAGGACCGUCGGGUCGCUCGGUCGACGUGGUGUUGAUGCCGACCAUGCCUCACACGGCCGUACCCCAUCGAACUUGUCGAUGGGUGGGAUAUACCAAAGUUUGGAAUUUUCUGGAUUAUCCGGCGUUGUCAUUUCCCGUGGGAAGCGUUGAUGCGGCGAUCGAUGUCUCUCGGGAGCAUCAACCCAGAAACCCGUAUGACGAGUGGAAUUGGAAACUGUACAACCCCAAAACGAUGCACGGUCAUCCGGUUGGGUUGCAAAUUGUCGGACGUAGAUUCGAAGAGGAAAAGGUGCUGGGGGUUGCCUCGGUGAUCGAACGACUUUUGUUAGACCGUGUCACUUCUCCCAUUCAUGAUUCCAGCUUUCCAAAAGGUGGGGGAAACUGA